AUGGCUACUGGGGGAAAGAUAGAUACGCUAUCCACCCUAGAUAAUAAUGUGCAAGGUUCCAAUGGGAAUUUAUCAGAUGUGUUGCAAAGUGAGCUUGAGCUGAUUCUAAGGCAGCAUCGCAAUCAGCAAGCCAUUCAUAUGGGUAGGGAUUUGAAUAUGUAUAGGAGUGGCAGUGCACCGCCAACUGUUGAGGGAUCGCUGAGUGCUGUGGGUAGCCUGUUUAGGAAUUCUGAUUUUAGGGAUAGGGAUAUGAGUAGUAGGGUCAGUAGUAACAAUGGGGGGUUUUCUGAAGAUGAGGUUCGCUCACAUAUUGCUUAUCUCUCGUACUAUUAUUCACAUGAUAAUAUCAACCCAAGAAAUCCUCCCCCUUUGUUGUCAAGAGAGGAUUGGCGUGUGGCACAGAGGUUUCAGAGUGGAUCUUCUUUUGAAGGCAAUGGGGAUUGGAGGAGGAACAAUAUAGUUGGCGAUGGCGAUAAAUCGUUGUUUUCAACGCAGCCGGGGCUUUCUGCACAGAAAACAGAAAAUGACUUGAACAAAUUGAGAAAUGCCAAUGGGAAUAGUAUGCCUAGACAUACGUCAUCUGAGUGGCUUGAUAACAGUUCGACUAGUUUGACUGGAUUUUCGACAAAUGGACUUGGUGCAAGGAGGAAGAGUUUUGCUGACAUUCUACAGGAAGGAAUUGAUCAGCCAACUUCAUGCCCCUUGUUAAGACCAUCAAGCUGUAAUGCUUUUGGUGAUGUUAUGAAUUCAAAAGGCAUGGCUGAUCCACAACCAGUAGGAUUGUGUAAUGGAGUAGAUUCUAUAGAGGGGUUGCACACCGGAGCAGAUUUACGUGGCCUGAUAGGAAUGCAGAACCAUGGUACCCCUGUUUCUCAGUCAUUUGUAUCUGCUGGAGGUCAUUCUUUAUCAAGAAGUAGAACUCCAGACCCACAAUUAUUUGGAAGUUCUGGUCUUCCUCCUAUGGGAAGAGUGUAUCCUAAUGUUGGUGGUGCAGAUAUCCAAAGUGAUAAUUCGCCUGCCAUGACUGAAUUGCCCAAUAUGACAAAAAAUUUCUCUGGCUUAAGCCUCUCAAAAGCUACAUCUGCAGAUGAAGAUAAUCGUCUUCAGUCUCAGCUUCGCAGGGACCUUGAUAAUCAGCGUGAUUUUCUGUUCAACACACCAAACAGUCAGAACCAGAGGCUGCAACAGCAAUUGAUAGAGAAGUCAAAUGCUGAAAACUUUUCCCUUUCUACAAAUUAUGCUCAUUUAGCAAAUAAAAAUGGGAUUCUGACAAACCGUAAUGCACCAAAUGGGCAUGUUAAUUUUCCUAGAAGAACUUCUUCUCCUAGUCUUUAUUCAAACGGGAGUUCUUCAGGACUUGGAACUUUUGAAGGGUUGAAUGCUCAAUACCAGGAUGUAAAUACCCCAGCAGGAAUCGACCUUAAUGGUCAUGCUUCGGGGGCCUAUCCUGCAAAUCAGAAGUUGAACAAUCAUCUUGAUGCAGGUAAUUCUUCAGGGUUUACUGGUAAUGGUGAUGGACAAAGUAUGAACAGAUUAGGGAACAAAUUUGGUCCUGGCCUUCAUUCUUCAUUUUUAGACCCGUCGCAAAUUCAAUUAUUGCAAACAGCUGAUAAUUGUGCAAGACGUGCUCUAGCUAGUCCAAGUGGUUAUUCUUUGAGUAAAAAUAAUUUUGGCACUUUGCAUGGAGAACUAGAGGGGCAGCGAGCAUACCUCGAAGCAAUACUUGCUCAAAGGAAGUAUGAGAUGUCCCUUUUACGUAAAUCUGCAGGGUUUAAUCAUUGUUAUAUUGGGAAUCCAUCAUAUGGUCUUGGAAUGACAUAUCCAGGAAUCUCAGUGGCAAACUCAUUUCUUCCUUCUGUUGGAUCUGGAAGUUCAAUGUUUCAGAAUGAGAAAAUUUCCCGGUUUAAUUCUAUGAUGAAAAGUCCAAUGGGAGGAUCAGUCGGCGCCUGGAACUCUGAUGUUGGAAACGACAUAGAAGGAAGACAUGCAUCAUCAUCUUCAUUACUAGAUGAGUUCAAGAACAACAAGAACAAGUCUUUUGAACUUGCAGAUAUUGUUGAUCAUGUAGUUGAGUUCAGUACCGAUCAGUAUGGAAGUCGCUUUAUUCAGCAGAAACUAGAAACUGCCACUGUAGAAGAAAAAACAAGAAUAUUCCCUGAGAUUAUCCCUCAUGCUCGCACCUUGAUGACUGAUGUGUUUGGAAAUUAUGUCAUACAGAAAUUCUUUGAGCAUGGUACAGAAAGCCAAAGAAAAGAAUUGACGAGCCAACUUACUGGGCAUGUUUUGCCUCUCAGUCUGCAAAUGUAUGGCUGUAGAGUGAUCCAGAAGGCGUUGGAAGUGGUUGACAUGGAUCAGCAGGCUCAAAUGGUGUCAGAACUCGAUGGUUCAGUCAUGAAAUGUAUCCGUGAUCAGAAUGGGAAUCAUGUCAUUCAGAAGUGUAUAGAAUGUGUCCCUCAAGAUCAAAUUCAGUUUAUCAUUUCAUCCUUCUAUGGGCAAGUUGUCACACUGUCCACCCAUCCUUAUGGUUGCCGUGUCGUGCAGAGGGUUCUGGAACAUUGUGAUGACUCAAAGACGCAAGAAACUAUCAUGGAUGAAGUUAUGCAAUCUGUAUGCUUUUUGGCCCAGGAUCAGUAUGGAAAUUAUGUUAUUCAGCAUGUCCUUGAACAUGGUAAACCGCAUGAACGGUCUGCAAUUAUUCACCAGCUUGCUGGACAAAUUGUAAAGAUGAGUCAGCAGAAGUUUGCUUCUAAUGUCGUGGAGAAAUGCUUGAUUUUUGGGAGUCCUGAGGAGCGCCAGUUCUUGGUAAAAGAGAUGCUUGGUUCCACUGAUGAAAAUGAGCCGUUGCAGGCCAUGAUGAAAGAUCCAUUUGGGAACUAUGUGGUGCAGAAGGUUCUUGAGACCUGUGAUGAUCAGAGUCUUGAGUUGAUUGUUUCUCGCAUUAAGGUUCAUUUGACUGCCUUGAAGAAGUACACUUAUGGUAAACAUAUUGUUACCCGUGUCGAGAAACUCAUUACAACGGGAGAAAGGCGCAUAGGGUUGUCGUCCUCAGUUUCAUCUUCCACAGCAUAGCUACGCAUCCCAAUUUUGAAGCAAGGAAUGCAUUUUUCCUCUAGCCACCAUCAAUAAAUAUGCAUCAUUUUGUACAGCUAACGUGGACAGUGACCAUAACAAGUUUGCCGCAUCGAUUGCAAUAAUACAGAGAAAUUGUAGUUGUAAAUAAGCAUGAAAUCCAGAGUCCCCUGCCAUAUGACAAUUUUGGGUAUUCUCCUCCUAUUGUAUAGUUUUGGAAAGCUGAUUCUAAUAUGACCAUGAUGACAUCACAUGGAGGAUCAUUCUAGGCUGUCUGGAGAAGGAAGGUCAAGGUAGUAUUUGAGACUGUUUUGGGCUUUGGGAGUACAGUUCUUAACAUUUUUUAAGUGUAAAUGGUUAACUGCACUUGGAAUUUGAAAGAGGGGGUAAAUAAUAGGGGAGUGUGUUCAUGUAUAGUA